AAAACAUAUUGCUUCUGGUAUUAUAUAUUUUAAUGUGGUUAUAACGUAAGAUUCUAAUGUUUGGAAUAACUUUGGAGGUUUUUAUUAAAAAAAAGUUUCAUUAAUCUUAAUUUCAGAAAUUUGAGUGCAAAAAUGAUCUUCAAAAACUAUUUACAUUUCUAAAAAUUAGUGAAAAUUUUAUACAAAAAAUGCGUGAGCAGUCGGGAUUAAAACUAUUUGACAUCAGCUGAACAGGAAAAAGUUUCGUUCAUAAAGAAAGCUAACAUUCGCUCAUCAUUUUUUACCACGAAACCGCAUUCAUUCUUCUGAUCGACAGAUUGGAUAAUUUGCCAAAAAAGUAAGCAAGGAUAUGGAAGAAUACGCACGAGAACCUUGUCCUUGGCGUAUCGUCGAUGAUUGCGGAGGCGCCUUCACGAUGGGCACCAUCGGAGGUUCCGUUUUCCAGUCGAUCAAAGGUUUCAGAAAUGCUCCGAGUGGAUUCAGCAGAAGACUCGCAGGUAGCGUGGCGGCUGUGAAACAAAGGUCGCCGAUAAUCGGUGGAAGUUUCGCCGUGUGGGGCGGCCUGUUUUCGACCAUAGAUUGCACAUUAGUACACUUCAGGCAGAAGGAAGACCCUUGGAAUUCAAUAAUAAGCGCAGCGGCGACAGGUGGGAUCCUGGCAGCGAGGAACGGCGUACCCGCGAUGGCCGGAAGCGCGAUAAUCGGCGGCGUCCUGUUAGCUCUUAUCGAAGGUGUCGGUAUCUUAUUCACCAGGAUGCAGGCCGAACAGUUCAGACCGCCGCAACAUUUCGAAGACCCUUCGCAGCUCGGACCCGACCUUUCCAAGUUGUCUUACCAACCCCAGUGACUACUGUUUGGGACGAAGGACAUCACGACUGUCCGUCAGUGGGUCAUCACAGAUUUUCAUGCUGACUACGUAUUUAUCUGCUGUUACGUACGAUAAUAAAAUACAGAAUGAAUUUAUUUUUCUA